CGAAAAUCGUUGCAGACUUUGACGACAAAAACAAUUGAUUAAAUGAUUGAAAAACUUAUAAAUCAUUUGUUUUGAUCAAUUGGUGACAAUUUGUGGUCAAACCCAUUGGACCUCCACUUCUUCACUACAAUCCCAUUGACUGCCAAAUGAAUGCAAUGGAGAAGAGCGCCGACGACUGCUAUUUCUUCUACUACUCCACCUGUACUAAGGGGGACGACUGUCCGUACCGUCACUGCGAGUUGGCGUUGGGGUCAGAGGUCACGUGUACGCACUGGCAGAAUGGCAAGUGCUUCAGACCUGGAGUCUGUAAGUACCGACACAUGGAGUCGCGGAUCAAUCGCUCGUCCAUUCAGUGUUGGUUUGAAACACAGCCCACGGGUUGUCGUAAACCUCACUGCGUUUUCCUCCACAAGAAGCCAAGGAGUCUGGCCUUAGAUGAGGACCAGUCGUCCGGUGACGCCAUUAUACGGCCCGUCGCUGCGGCCAACGCUUCAAUGGACGCCAUGAGUGAUGGCAACUGUAAUGAUAACCCAAACGGCACUCCCAGUGGAGUGAAUGGCGCCAAACGGGGCGAAGACGUCUCCCAAAUGAAACUCUUCGACGAUUCCGACUAUUUGUGUCAAUCGGUGUCUUCGGUGAACGACUCGACCACUAAUCACAACAUAACUAUCGAACCGAUCUCUAUAUCACUCAAUGACGGCGACGAAGAGUCCGAUUAUGAGAGCACCGACACCGACAAUGUCUUCACGAGUGGCACCAAUUCAGACAAAAUGGUGUCCAACAGCUAUAAUAGCAGUUUUGGGGUCAAGUCCUUAGAACAGAUCCGAAUGGAGAAAGUGUUUAACAGUGAGUCCGAAGACAUGCCCAUCAAUGAUAGCAAUCAGUGUUUUGGCAAAAAUGAGUCCCAAAUAUCACCACAAAGAGCACAGUUGAAGACAAACAAAGACUUAAGAGUGAGAAUUAGACGUCAAUUGGCUGACGACACGACUAAGUCAUCGAUUUCCAGUUCAAACCCUUCAUCGAUUCCAUCGCAAGAUUUUGGUGUUAAGACUUUGGACCAAAUCAGACGCGAACGCCUCGAGAUGUCUCAGAGGGCGGACACUAACUGUGAACAACUGAAUGGUCUGAAGGAGAAUCAGGAGCCCAGGGGUGAGAAGAGAACGUCCACUGAAUCCAACAAAUCGGUGGUUAAGAUCAGAAGAGUAGGUCCCGCAGUGGACACGAGUUCAGUGAAGACUCAGCUGAAGAGAAGUCAACCGAACGAUAAUUUGAAUGAAAAUGUAGUCACAAAUAGUGGACAGCCUUUGAGUACAAGUGAUAUGAUUGACGCGAAUGACGAUUCAUCGACUCAUUUGACUGGAAAACAACGAAUCAAAUCAAUUGAUGCAGAUUUGGACGAUUUCGAUGACUUCUUGGGCGACGAUUCAACCAAUAAUUUGGGCUCAAAUGAUGCCAUCGAUUGCGAUGACGAUGACGACGACGAGCUGAUGCGGGAAAUCAAUCAAGUGAUCAACAGCUGA